AUGGCAGGGAAGACCACUAGUCAAGUCCCUGCAGAGGGACUCGCCUCGCUCGAGUUAACGCAUGGUAUGCAGGUUCUCCCAUCACACUCCAAGCCAUGGUGGAAAACACCUCAUCUGCUAUCUCUAAACUGUCUCAUCGGCUUUCUUUUGCUCUACUCCAGCACAGUCGGCUACGAUAUCUCCCUCAUGAACGGCCUCCAAUCCCUCGACCAAUGGCAAGUCUUCAUGAACCACCCAACAGGUGCCUGGCUAGGUUUCAUCAACGCCCUGCAAUCACUGGGCAGUAUGGUCUUUCAACCCGUCGGCGCCUGGUCCGCCAACCGGCUCGGGCGUAGGCGCACUAUCCUCAUCGGUUACUUCUGGCUAGCUCUCGGCGUGGGGCUGCAAGUCGGUGCCCCGGACCCGAAGAUGUUCAUUGCCUCGCGUAUGUUCAUCGGCAUUGCAGGCGCCUGGUUUCAAGCUGCAGUCAUCCUUGUGACGGAGAUCGCGUACCCUUCGCAUCGAUCGUUGGUUACUUCCGUCUAUAUGUGUCUGUACUAUGCCGGAUCAUUGCUGUCGGCGUGGAUUGCCUUCGGAACUCGAAACAUCGAGGGCAGCUGGGCCUGGCGUAUCCCAUCACUCAUGCAGAUUGCACUGCCGCUGCUCGCUUUGCCAGGGACAUUGUUGAUUCCAGAGUCGCCUCGUUGGCUAAUUGGACAGAAGCGCAACGAGGAGGCCCGCAAGAUCCUGACUCGCUUCCAUGCUGGUGGUGAUGAGAACUCUCAGCUCGUUGUGUUUGAAAUGGAUGAGAUCACCCAGUCUCUUACUUUCGAACGGAGUAUACAAAAUGAGUCGCGCUGGAUCGACUGCGUAAAAACGAGCGGUAACCGCUACCGGUUCUUUUUGAGCGUGUCACUCGGUAUUUUCGCGCAAUGGAACGGCUGCGGUGUUGUCUCCUACUACCUUACCAUGAUCCUAGAUACCAUCGGCAUUACCUCAGUCACCGAACAAACCCUUAUAAACGGCUUCCUACAACUCUGGAACCUGAUAAUGAGUUGCGUGGGUGCCUCUCUGGUUGAUAGAGCCGGCCGAAGAGCUCUAUUCCUCGCAUCAACUAUCAUCAUGCUGACCAGCUAUAUUAUGAUCACGGCACUAUCCGGGAGCUUUACCACAGCCGGUACCGCGGCACUCGGUACUGCUGUUGUCCCAUUCCUUUUUAUCUACUAUGCCGGGUAUGAUUUGGCAUUCACGCCGCUGGUAGUCGCCUAUCCAGCUGAGAUAUGGACGUUCUCGCUGCGCGCCAAGGGUGUGGCAAUCUCUUCCAUGGCAAAUUAUGGUGCGCUAUUGUUUAAUCAGUUUAUCAACCCCAUUGCCUUUGAGACUAUUGCCUGGAAGUAUUAUUUUGUUUUUUUGAUCAUGCUGUUGAUUAUUCUGGGAACUAUUUAUCAGUGGUAUCCCGAGACGCAUGGAUACUCGCUUGAAGAGAUUGCAGUUAUUUUCGAUGGGGAGUCGGCGCGGGUUACAGAUGUUGUUGGUUCCAAGGCUGAGCUGGAAGAGGAACAACUGGGGAAUAUAGAGCAUGCCGAGAAGGUGUUAGGAUAG